GUUGUAGUGUGUGUCGGUGGGGGCUAUAGUGUUCUCUGCCUUGUUCUCGAGUCUGUGUUCUCUGGUCUUUGUGUUCUAUACCUUGUUCUCUUCUUUGUUCUCGUCUGUGUUCUCUGGUCUUUGUGUUGUAUAGCUCGUGGUGAUAAUACACGCAGGGAAAUGGCGGUUAGAGCUGUGAUAUCCUUUCUUCUCCUAUUCCUCCCUGCAAACUCAAGCCCUGACUGCCCUCUCAAGAGUCUGCAAAAUGUCUGUAAGGGGCAGGAAAGCCAUAACCCAUUUUGCGAGCACAAGGUGUCCCGCCACUGCGAGGAUGUACAUAAGUAUUCACUGCGCCCAUGCCAUAAUACACUGCACGAGGAUACAGAGGAAACGUGUAAGAUAUCAUCAUUCUCGAAAGAUAAAAGAUGUGGCUCCCUUCAACCGAACCAGACCACCACCCCGGAGGCAUCGCUGGUUGACCUUCGGCUGUACCACAAUGCUUCGUGGGGGGGUAUCAUCAACUUGACCUUCCCCGGCCUGGUCAAUAAUACGAUGGAGGGUGCUGUUAUAGCGCUGGCAGGCUUUCUUGAGGGGCCUCUUAGAUGACCCCAGCCCAUAGUGGCGCAGGUGAAUUGUAUUUAUGGUGGCUGCCGUGGUAGGUCGUGAACUCGAAUUCCAGUACAAAUACAUCGGAGGCAUGUACGGAGACUCCUGCCGCCGCCUCUACCUCUUCAGCCCCCCCAACAGCACCCUCAUGUACGAGUGUCGCACCUUGAAUAAGUUUGUCAACGAGACUGUCAAUAUCCGCCUCACCGUCCAGUCUGACAGCGGAAAAGGCGCAUCCUACCUCUUCAGGAAUCCGCCGGGCUUCAGGAUCGACCCCGAGAAGACUUGCCCAAGCGACUGGCACACGUUCUUCUACAUUCACCGAGAUGCCAUUCACCACCGCAGUCAGAUUCCCGUCACGGUCCAGUCAUCUCCCUUCGGCCAGGUAGACUACGAGGUGAUGCUGGUCAGGUGUGUUGGGGAUGAAGAUGAGGAUGAGGAUGAGGAUGGUGAAAGUUGCCAACAUUAUAAGAAGCUGGGAUCAGUUGUUGAGCGGAGGAACACGAGCGAUGAUCUAUGGCUUGUAUAUCUGCCGAGGGUGGAAGAAUCAGGGCAGUACAUGGUUAGGGUGCAGAUACAGGCCGACUGGUGCCCCCCUCAACCCCAAGGCUGUUAUGUGUCCGUCUCGCCCAAAUUCUUAGUAGUCACAAAACCAACUCCGAGGGGCACCGGGCUGACCUAUCUGUUGCUCGUCAUCGUCUUCUUCAUCGUCGCCUUCAUCGUCCAGCGCCGGGGGAUCAACAGGAAAUUGUUUAAACACAUGAGGGCCUGCCAGCCUACUGUCCUUCUGGCCUACCACCCCGAGAGCCUGCCCGCCCUGCACUUCGUCAACACCUUGGCAGACUUCCUGGAGAAUACCUGUUUUGUGCGCCCUCUCAUGGCUGAUAGGGAAGCACUUGGUCAGCCUUCCUCCACCUCCCCUCGACAGGACCCAAUUCAGUGGACGAAAACGGAGAUGACGAACGCCGACCGGGUCAUCUUCGUCGUGCCCAAGGACUCGGAGGCCCAGAGCGUGACCGUCCUGAGGGGCCUGUGGAUGGUGGCCCUCAAUCAUUGCAGCGGACAUGACUUCACCGCCAGCCAGGACAAGAAAGUGGCCAAAAUCUUGCUGCCGACGAGUGGAUUUGUGCCCUGGCAGAUCGUGGACGUCCGCCGCUUCGACCUGAGCCAAAGUCCGACAUAUGUGGCGACCUGGCUGCACGGCGGGUCAUGGCUGGACCGGAUCUUCAUGUGGUGGCCUCACAUCAGGUCAUCCGCCAAGAAGAAGGUCACCCCCACCUGGCAGGAUGUGAAGUUAGCCGCCAGCGAGAAGGACUCCUCACUGAACCUGACCACCCUUGAGGCAUCCCCCUUGCUGACCUCACUUGAGAAGGACGUGAGUGUGAUGGGGCAGGAAUACCCAAGCAUCUCCUUUCAUAAGCAAAACAAUGAUCCGGAAAAUGACGGUUCUGAUGAUGAUAAGGCUGACACUGAAGAGGGUUUUGAUCCUGAUAUUCCUGCCGUUGACAAGCUGUGUGGGUCUCGGGAAGGGGGUGGCGCCAGGCUGUCAUCAAUCCACGAGUCACUGCAGGAGGAGGAGGAUGAGGAUGUAUUGGAUAUUAUGGAAUAAGACUUGCCUGAUGGAGCUUGGAGAUGCACUGUGACGGACAUCUUGGGUGUGUCUGGAACCUCGCGAGGCCGACAUCAAUCCACGAGUCAUUGCAGGGAGAGGAGGAGGAUGAGGAUGUAUUGGAUAUUAUGGACUAAGACUUGCCUGAUGGAGCUUGGAGAUGGACUGUGACGGAUAUCUCGGGUGUGGCUGGAACCUCGCACCACACCCAGGAGGCAGACAACCCACAACAAAUGCCCGGGAUAUAUAAAAACUCGGUCCAUAUUUAAACACUUUCGUCCCUCACAACAAAUAUUUUCCCAGGCCACAAAGAUUUGCCUGAUGGAGCUUGGAGAUGCACUGUGACGGAUAUCUUGGGUGUGGCUGGAACCUCGCACCACACCCAGGAGGCAGACAACCCACAACAGAUGCCCGGGAUAUAUCAAAACUCGCUCCAUAUUUAGAAACUUUCGUCUCACAAGAUUAGUCAGGUUCUCGUGAGUACUGUUCACAUUCAUGGUGCAGAAGCCUUGUCAAACUAUCCCUUGGCUCAUCAAACUACCCAAGGAAAUACCCACAGCAACCUCUACCAAAACCUUAAAUGCCAGUGUGUAAACAAACCAAGCCCCCGGCCAUUUAAAGGUUCAAAAUACAUACUUUCGGCCUCAAACUUUGGGAGAUUGUUGCCGAAGCAUUGGUCGAUUUUUUGGUGUGCAUAACUCAUUUUUGCUUUUGACUCGGAAUUUCACUCAAAAUGCGGUCAAUGUUCCCUUGGCUGUGGAUUUCCUACAAGAGGACAUCACCAAGCUACAGGAGUGAAACAAUAAGUGGCUGCUUCAAUUCAAUGAAGAAAAAUGUAGUCAUACACCUUGGGAGCGGAAAUCCAGCAUACCAAUACCACAUGGGAAGCACUCCACUAUCCACCACAGAGGCAGAGAAAGACCUGGGAGUGUAUGUUACCAGGCUACCAGUGAAGGCGAAAUCCGUGCUAAUCGUAGUGGACGGGUUAAAUAUGGGUGUGUUAGUGUCUGGGGAAUCUUUGAGGAUAUGGAAGUACUUGACACCAGGAGAAAUGAGACAGUGGAAAAUGGUGGUGUGAAUAUCUUUAGUUUUUAGAGGCAGACUAAGGCCAUUUUGAAAUAUAGUUUGUGCUUAUAUGUGGGUGUGUUAGCCACUGAGAAAUCUUUGAGAAUGUGGAAGUACUUGACACCAGGAGAAAUGAGACAGUGGAAAAUGAUAGUGUGAUUAUUUUUAGUUUACAGAGGCAGACCAAGGCCAUUUUGAAAUAUAGUUUGUGCUUAAAUGUGGGUGUGUUGGCCCAUGAGAAAUCUUUGAGAAUGUGAAAGUACUUGACACCAGGAGAAAUGAGACAGUGGAAAAUGAUACAAUGUGAAUAUCUUUAGUAUAGAGAGGCAGACUAAGGCCAUUCUGAAAUAUAGUUUGUGCUUAUAUGUGGGUGUGUUAGCCACUGAGAAAUCUUUGAGAAUGUGGAAGUACUUGACACCAGGAGAAAUGAGACAGUGGAAAAUGAUACAAUGUGAAUAUCUUUAGUUUAUAGAGGCAGACUAAGGCCAUUUUGAAAUAUAGUUUGUGCUUAUAUGUGGGUGUGUUAGCCCAUGAGAAAUCUUUGAGAAUACGGAUUUACUUGACACCAGGAGAAAUGAAACAGUGAAAAAUAAUGCAGUGUGAAUAUCUUUAGUAUAGAGAGGCAGACUAAGGCCAUUUUGAAAUAUAGUUUGUGCUUAAAUGUGGGUGUGUUAGCCACUGAGAAAUCUUUAAGAAUACGGAUUUACUUGACACCAGGAGAAAUGAAACAGUGAAAAAUAAUGCAGUGUGAGUAUCUUUAGUAUAGAGAGGCAGACUUAGGCCAUUGUGAAAGAUAUUUUGUGCUGUCUUUAUGCAUUAUUUUAAAACGCCUUGCUCAUUGAUACAUUUAAUUUAGAGUAUGUAUUUCUUGAUUGUAUAUAAACUUUACCAUAAGGGCUAAAUGACACUGUAUAGGUAGGCAGACCAUAUAGUUUACGUACCUGUGGAUUUUAGAACCUAAGACAACAUUUUUUUUUUUUACAUUAGAGGACACGGCUCAAAGGCUAUAAACAGAGUACAAAAAAAAAAAAAAAACGCUACUCGCCGCUCCUAUAAAAGAUAAAAGUAAAGAGUAGAUGAUAUUUCUUUACUGAAUAUUAGGUUUUUCAUAAGGGUUAAAUGACAAUAGAGAUAGA